GGUAAGUCUCUGUCGUGAGAGCUUAGGAUUGGAGAGCUCGGCAGCAACACUCCCUUCAUUGCUCCCAAGCUUUGACAAGGAUUUUGUAGAAUUUUUGGUCUCCCUAGACUCAACUUAGUUGGCUUCGAAAUAUUAGAAGAGUUUCGGUCCGAGCUCAUAAAAGAUCCAAAACGCCGACUUUUUGCCAUUGCCAAACGAAGGGCGGAUUUCUGGUUCUCGCUUCUCUCUCAAAUAGUUCUGAAGAUCGACGACGACCCAGUUACCUUUGAGAGGUAAUGUGACGACCCAUUUCAGGUGAAGCCGAAAUUUGUUCCCUACCAUUUCCAAAUCUCGUUGUUUCGGGUCCUAACGGCUGCGUUUCGGUGUUUUUUUGGGUGGGCAUUUGAGUUUGAUUGGUUUUCUAUGAGAUUUAGUUUGGCUGGCUUUUGCUCGUCCCUUUUUCUUCUGGUAUUUUUAGCUUUUAGUUGUAUUUUUCCAGUUCUGUGUAGAUCAAGAACUUCAUUACAGGUUCACAGAUUUGCAUGAGUUUGAUAAGAAUGAGAGUGAGAAUUAUAUAUUGCUUUGGGGUUGAGGAUGCAUCUGUGAGGAGAGAAUAGGUGAAUAAUUGGAUAUUCUGAGUAUUGGGCAAUCUUGAAGUUGAGUUAGAAGCAUAUGGGUUGGAUGAGAGUACCUCAACAAUGAUCUAGAAUCUAAUCUGGUUUUUUUUUUCUGGCUUUGAAAUACCUCCAGUGGAAAAUUCAAUUUUAGUAUUUUGUUUUUGUUGGACCUGUCAAAUUGGUUCAGUUUGGAAUUGAUUUUUUCCCAGCUGGGAAGAUUUUCUAGUGGCCGGGUAUUAUAUAUAUAGACUGUUGCAAUGGCUCUUGAUUGUACACGCAUAUUCACUUUGGAAAACUUAUGCUACCGCCGUUUUGGUGGGAAUGAAAAUGAGGCAUAAUUGGUCUGGUGCUCUUUUAGGUAAAUGUGACAUUGGAUACUCCUUGUAAGGAGCCAGUAGAUUAAGGAAGUUAGUGGGAAUCAGUUUUCUAUUAAUGGCUUCCAUCAGAAGAACCCUGUCUCCUGCGCCUCGAGAUAGAACUCUACUAAAUGGGGAAGCCUGCUCAGUACCUUCUCCCUUGUCCAAGUCAUCCUCAAGUACUCAAAACUAUUCACCAGAAGGCAGAUUGCUGUCUCCCUCAUUCAGUUCAUCAGACUCUCGAUUGGCGUGGUAUAGAAUUCAAGCUUUCAUUAUUGGUAUUUUAUCACAAAGGUCUUCUCGGCCCCUGGAGAGGUCAAAGUCAAGAGGGCACGUUUGGAGGAGAGCCCUUUUCCAUUUCAGCAUUUGUUUCAUGGUUGGGGUUUUCACUGGGUUUACUCCUUUUGUCUCGAUGAAUUUAUCAAUGAAUCUCAUGUCAAAGCACCAAGCAUUCUACUUUGGGUUGAUUCCCCCAGUGGGGAAACUUCAGGCAUAUGGCUUUGUAUCAAGUAAAAGAGAGAUGCCAUCAUUAAACAGUGGAAUUACAGACAAUAAUGUCACACUAGGGCCACAAGCAAUGAAACAAGAACUUGUAAAUGGGACUGCUGGUGAUGUCAAUACACCAACACUCAUUCAGAAUUCAAAUUUGGUUUCUCGGAAGCUUUUGAUAAUUGUAACCCCAACUUAUGCUCGACCUUUUCAAGCCUAUUAUCUAAAUCGUCUGGCACACACAUUAAAACAGGUUCCACCUCCUCUGUUGUGGAUAGUUGUAGAGAUGAUGUCCCAAUCUGCUGAAACAGCUGACAUGUUGAUGAGAACUGGUGUUAUGUACAGGCAUCUUAUGUGCAAUAAGAAUUUAACUGACAUCAAAGAUAGAGGUGUCCACCUAAGAAACACAGCACUUUCUCACAUUGAAACACACCGUCUUGAUGGGACUGUUUACUUUGCAGAUGAUGAUAAUAUCUACUCUGUUGAUCUUUUUGAGCAAAUACGGCAGAUCAGGCGGUUUGGGACAUGGACAGUGGCCAAAUUGAUGGAGAGCAAAAGCAAAACUCUAUUGGAGGGUCCUGUUUGCAAUGGGAGUCAAGUCAUUGGUUGGCACACCAAUGAAAUGACCAGAAGAUUCCGGAGGUUCCACACUGAAAUGUCAGGGUUUGCCUUCAACAGUACAAUCCUCUGGGACCCAAAGAGAUGGCACCGACCUACCCUUGAGCCUAUUAGACAGCUUGACACUGUCAAGGAAGGCUUCCAAGUGAGCACAUUUAUUGAACGACUUGUGGAGGAUGAAAGCCAAAUGGAAGGAUUACCAGAGGGUUGCUCGACAAUCAUGGUUUGGCAUCUUCAUCUUGAAUCAUCUCAUUCCUUCUAUCCUCGUGAAUGGUUGAUGAAGAAUAAUCUAGAUGUCAUAGCCCAACUUGCAUGAAAUUCUUGACAUGAUGGCCAUUUGGAUAAUAGAGGAAAGUAGGUUAAGAAGCAGGCGCCUUCAUACCAUUACUUGUUCGCCCCUAUCGGGCUUCUAUCAAUUUACUGCUGUCGAGCAGCUAGAACAUUGGAUGGCAAAUUUUCUCCCUAUUAAUCUUUCUUCGUUUAACUUUAUUUCAUUUUUCUUUUCAAAGCUGAAUGUUAUCUGUGUACAGUCAUUUGAGUUGGUCCAUUUUCUGCAUGCAAACAAGCAAAAUGGCCUGAACUAGUGGGGAAGGGAUGGCCAAACUGCAACAGUCCUCAUGGUUCAAGAAAUUUUAUUUCAUUGUUCGACUAUUCCUUGUGUAGAAGUGAAGAAUUUUUUCGGCAUCUUCAUGCCUGCAGGCUUUCAGUAUGUACCAUCUUAUGCUUUAUUCUACAGGAUGUAUUUUGUUCUUGAGCUUCUUCCCCAUGUUCUAUUGUUCUGGUUUAUGUUUUAUCCCAGUCAGAUUGUACA